AUGAAUACAGGUGGACGCAGGCUGAAGCAGUGGCUGAUUGAGCAGAUUAACAGUAAUAUAUAUUCGGGAUUGCUGUGGGAAGACGAGGCUCACUCCAUGUUUCGCAUCCCGUGGAAACAUGCAGGAAAACAGGACUACAAUCAAGAGGUGGACGCAUCUAUCUUUAAAGCCUGGGCAGUGUUUAAGGGUAAAUUUAAAGAAGGCGAUAAAGCUGAACCUGCGACAUGGAAGACCAGACUACGAUGUGCCCUCAACAAGAGUCCAGAUUUUGAAGAGGUCACAGAUCGCUCCCAGUUGGACAUCUCAGAACCCUACAAGGUAUACAGGAUCGUCCCAGAAGAGGAGCAGAAAUCUGGUAAAAGUGGCAGCAGUGUGUUGAAUAUGAGCUGUUCCAGUGAAGGAGUUGAGAUGGAGUGCAGUUCAGCAGACCUGGAUCAACUCAUCAAAGAGUCAUCAAAUGAUGAAUACACCAGCAUUGUUAAAAGAAGCCAUUCUCCUAUGGAUGAAAACUGCAAUGUACAGCCAACGCAAGAAUGGUGGCAGCAAAGCUCUCACAACGUUCUCCCUAUACAUCUGGACCCAUCACCAGUAAACUCCUUUACUGCUGCUUUUUCUCAGAUGAUGGUCUGUUUCUACUAUGGAGGAAAACUCAUGGGAAACACUCUGACCACUAACCCUGAGGGCUGCCGCAUUUCUCCAUACCAGCCCUCUGUUGGCAACGUGCUUCUCUAUGGCCCUGACAGCCUACAGACCGUGCGCUUCCCAUCCAUCGAUCUCAUCGAGAGCGAUCGUCAGCGCUGCGUCACCCGCAAGCUCUUUGGCCACUUGGAGCGUGGCAUACUCCUGCGUGCUAACAGAGAGGGCAUCUUCAUCAAACGUCUCUGUCAGAGUCGAGUGUUUUGGAGCGGCCAAGACUCCCAGUACAACUCUAGUGGCAGCAAGCUGGAAAGGGACGCCGUGGUCAAGAUCUUUGACACUGGAAGGUUUUUGCAUGCUCUCCAGCUGUAUAAGGACAACCAGUAUCCAGCUCCCGAUCCCACUGUCACUCUGUGUUUUGGGGAGGAAUUUACUGACUUCAGCACUGCAAAGAACAAGCUGAUCAUUGUGCAGAUCACUGCAGUGAACUGUCAGCAGCUAUUGGAUGCAGUGACCACCCGCAGAUCUCAGUACAGCGGUAGCAACAUGGAGAUCUCUGAUGAGAUGGCCAGUGAUCAGAUGGCUCGCAUUUACCAAGACCUUUGCAGCUACCCUGUUCCACAGCGGCCACCCUGCUACAGGGACAACAUGCCCAUCAUUGCCUAAAACAGAUCUGAUGCCAGCUUAAACAAACACGCACUUCACAAACAGCAUUUUUUAAAACAGCAUUUUUCUCAUGACAGCUAUAAGCAUUAGCAGCAAGACGUGUGGUUUAGUUUAGCUACAUGUAGCUUAUUCAGGUAUUCGUUCUCAGGAUUUUCUCUUUUUUUGUUAGAAGUUCAUGUUUCAGUCUGAAAGCUUAUUUUUAUUACAUUGAUUUUUUAUGUUUUUAUGUUUUCAUUUUGACAUGUAUGUAUAUUUACUGUAAGCUGAAAAUAGAUAGGUUUUACUAUCUUUAUGUUUUUGUA